CUGUUUCGCUUUCAGUCAAGUGGCGUGAUGACGUUGUCCGAACGCCAAGUCUGAAUCAGAACGUUCCAGACAGGAUUUUGCGCUUUUGAUACUUCUCUAAAGGAAAACGGCUCUGUCGUCUCAGGCUGUUUUUCAAAAUGUUUCGAAGAAAGCUCACAGCACUGGACUACCACAACCCUUCGGGUUUUGAUUGUAAAGAUGAGACCGAGUUCAGGAAUUUUAUUGUGUGGCUGGAAGAUCAGAAAAUCCGACAUUACAAGAUUGAAGACCGGGGCAACCUCCGGAACAUACACAGCUCGGAGUGGCCUCAGUUCUUUGAAAAGUAUGUUCAGGAUGUAAGCUGCCCAUUCACUGCUCAAGAACGACAAGAAACCGUUGACUGGCUGCUAGGCCUAGCUGUUCGCUUUGAGUACGGAGAUAACGUUGACAAAUACAGGGACUGCAAACCAGAGGCUGCUUCCAACAACACAGAAAAGCCAUCUGAUCCACUCAUCAACUUGGACAGCAACAAUCCCGACUUCAAGGCUGGUGUGACGGCCCUGGCCAACCUCCUGCAGAUUCAGCGCCAUGACGACUACCUGGUGAUGUUGAAGGCUAUUCGAAUCCUGAUUCAGGAACGGUUAACGCCUGAAGCCAUCGCAAAAUCCAGCCAGGCAAAAGAGGGCCUACCCGUGUCCUUGGAUAAGCAUGUCUUGGGCUUUGAUACAGGAGACGCCACUCUGAACGAGGCCGCCCGCAUCCUGCGGCUGCUGCACAUCGAGGAGCUGCGGGACCUGCAGACGCGCAUCAACGAGGCCAUCGUGGCCGUGCAGGCCAUCAUCGCCGACCCGCGCACCGACCACCGCCUGGGCAAGGUGGGCAGAUGAUGGGGUCCGCCGGCCCGGCUGCGCGCAUCCGCCCGCUGUCUGCGCAGACGGUCACAAACUCGCUCCGAUCCCCGGCUCUCCGAGCCACUCCCGUGGAUUUCUUCUUUUGUCUUGAAGUGGAAACGAUUGGGACACGUGUCUUGGGGAAACCAUCAUGUGUGUGUAGAAUGAAUGGUGCUGUGUGUGUGUGUGUGUGUGUGUGUGUGUGUGUUGGAACGGAGAUGUGUAAAACGCAUUAAAGAGGGAAAGGAAAAAAGAGAAGAGAAGGAUGUUCGAUUGUGUUUGGUUUGUGGCAUGCCUCAAGAGGAAGGUUAAAGGGAGACCUCCGAUCUGAUACAGUCUGAGGGCAAUCCAAUCCGUAUACUCCAGUGCAGGAUUUAUAACAUUUGUACUUGGAUGGGAAACUAUGCUAAAAGCAAAACUUCAUAUAGAAAUCUUUUUCUGAAA